AGAAUGUUCACGCCCAGAAAGACUUUGGAGUUGACUGACUGAUGACGCGGGACGGCCAGUUCUACCGAAACCAGCAUCUACGCAUGUUCUUCAACGCUGUCUGCUCGAUAUCCUCUUCUCCCACCAUCUACAUGCACAGUGCUGUAUGUGGAUUAUGGAUGGCAAAUGGCAAAGCACAAUGGCAUGGGAUACGCCAGUAUCAACAGAUGGAAACAUGGAUAUCGCAGUGGCUCGGGCAACAUCUGCGAAAUGACAUCACGUACGGGACAGCUAAAAUGGAAACGAAACCCACAGGAUCGAUCUGAGAGACAGCAUCUCUUGUGCCGGAACUGAAGCUUAUAAUUGAUGGUAUCGUCGCUGUUGAAAUGACAACCACAAGCUGGAACAGAAAUAAGAUGAGACUCUUCCUAAUCCGUCACGCAGAAUGCCAACAGAACGUCGGACAAGCAGCAGCCACCGACGAAAGCAACUCAGGCCUCACAGAAACCGGGAAAACCCAAGUCCAACACCUAGCCCGCUACUUUCGGGACAAUCUCGUGCAAUUCUCGCACAUCUUCUCCUCGGAUCUCGACAGAGCCACUGAUACAGCGCAGACUAUAUGUAAGUACCAGCUUGGUGCGGGCGCCGCACGACUGGCCCCCAUCCAGACGCACCUGCUGCGCGAGCAGCAGAUUGCAUCCCCUGGUUCCCUGGAAGGGACGAGAUGGAAAUCCGGUGCGCCUGCAUCAAGUACUGGUUCCCCCGAUGGGCUGGCGGGUGGGGAGCCCGGUUACACUGGAGAGGAGAGUUUGGGACAGAUGAAGGCGCGGGCAUCCUCUUUUCUGAGAGAUUUUGUCCUUCCGUUGCUUGAUGGGCCGCCGUCUAGGGGAAAUAACAAAGAAGAGGUCGUUGCUGUCAUCGCUCACGGCAUGAUCCUCCAAGUCCUCUGGAUCUGUCUGGCUGAUUUCUUCGAUCCGGGCGACAUCCAUUUCGGACCAGGAGUGUCGCAGGCUGAUUUCGCGGAUCAGGUUGCCCCCAUCUGGUCGAAUACGGGGGUCAUGGAGUUGGAUAUCAAGCCUGGGAGAGGUGGUGUUGCUAACACCACAACUGCAGCUGGUGCUAUUACCGCUUCAAACACGCAGCAACAACGACUACUCCCUCUGUUCUCACCGGGUCCAUACAGAGAGCCGUGGGGACAGGGACUGGCCCCACCAUUUGCGGGUUGGUCAAUGACCAUUCUGGCUGUGGACAGCACGACGCAUCUGUCUACUACCCAGAUUGGACGGACUGGGGGGACGGUGCGGAAUACUGUACAUGGGUCGCGACAGGGGCCUAUGGAUGAAUUCUAUGGAAUAACAGGGGCUGCAUAGCUGAAAGUAAAU